AUGGGGAAGCCCGUCACCAGCUGCGACAGUUGCCGGCGCUCCCGGCUGGGCUGUAACGCAGCCAACUCACUCCCCGGCCAAGGGUGCUUCAACUGCUCUCGACGAGGCGUGCUUUGCUCAUUUCGAGCCAUCGAGACUAACACCAACGUCAAGAACCAUGCGUCGAGCCAGAAAUCAGGCGGAAUGCCUGCUAUGGGAUCCGCGGCGGGCAAUGAUCCUGGUAAGGGCACAGAGAUGAACGCAGGUAUGAGCGCAGGCACAGCUGCCGACAGCGCCUCGUCCCCGUUGAGCAUCCCUUCACAGGCCGUCAUGUCCGAGACUUCGGACUCGUUAGCACGAUCUCAACAGGCCUUGAGACUACACAAUUUGCUCUGGAACGUCUACACUUCGCUGCUGGAGCCGCGGAUCGGAUUGUGGAUCGCAGGUGCUGGAUGCCCGUUCACGAGCUCUACAUCGACAACAGCGGCGGCGACACGCAUAUCCCGGCUGAUGAUCAACUUGGACAAGAGCGCAGCCUGGAGUCGACGCCAAGCAACACAUGGCCACAGCUUCACAGACAGCAAUUCUCGCUCUGAAUAUGCCGCCGAUGCUGUGGUCAAUCAGGCCCUCAUGCACGCCAUCUACGCCUAUUCGGUGCGAUGGCUGCAUCUCACCGACGACAAGCAGUACCAUGACCCACAGACCCGGCAGCAUAUCCAUGCGCUCAAAAAAGACCUGUCGGCCGCGCUCUACGCCCAGGCCAAACAGGAAAUGUACGUCAUCAUGUCGAGGCCAUCGUAUCGAUCGGUCUUGGCCUUGUACCUCUUCUCCAUCAUUCCGACCUCCUCGCGAAACUACGGCGACAACAUCGAUGAUCUGUGUCUCGAGUCGUCUCUUAGCCAUCAGAACUAUCUCAACUCCAAAGCACAGAUGCCAAGUUCACGGCGCGAUGCCAUUGCGGACCUUCUUGACCGCGGAGCCUUUUCCAGCACCAAUAUCCCCUUGCUCCAGACCGAUGAGCCGCUGGAUGACGACGCGCAGGAGUUCAAUUCAAUGUCCCGACUGGCGUUCUGGUUCGGCGUCAUGACCGACACCACGCGAUCACUGACCCGGUGUCGACCAUCAGUCCUCCUACCGGGCCAGACCGGCGAGUCGAAAGUCUGGGCGGCUGUCCGCCAGCGCACCAAACUGUUCGAUCAGCAUUCCCAGAUGCUCCGAGUCCUCCGAACCCCCUUCACCAACGACCAAGUCAUGGCCAUCCUGCAACACGCGUAUCCGCUCAAGACCCUCGUAUGGGCCGCCAUCACGCGGGUUCAGGACGCGCUGGUCCAUCAAAUGUCCGACAUCUCGCUGGCUGAAGCCGUCGACGCAGCCAGGAAGGAGAGCAACAAUUUCGAGCAGACUUUCGGUCAACUGCUGUGUAUAUGCCAGCGAGAUUUUCUGUUGCUGAACCGCACCACGCAGAUGUGUUAUAGUAAACCUCCCAAGAUCUCAGUGCUUCUCGAGACCCCUCCAAGCCCCUUUUCGCAAAACAAAAUCCAUGACACAUGUCCGUGAGAUAUGUCUUCUGCCCAAUACUGACGCUUUAGCAGCCCUCCUCAACAUCCACUUCCAAGUCGGCAAUCUCAUCCUGGUAGACGCUUUGCCGCCCAACUUUGUGUUUAUCGACCAAUAUCUCACUCCGUACGAUCUCCGCCUGUUCUCCUGCCGGGGCAUCGUCAACGCACUCCAUCUCGCACUGCAGACACGAUAUGUCGGUGUCAACGAUACCGCCGUGCCCAAUAUCCUCCUCCUCGAUCCCUAUCCGGACCUCAUUACUAACGCCAUUAUCCGCACGGGUUCUUCAUUGCUGGUCCUCUACGCGACGCAGAAACUCUCGGCCGAAAGUAUGGUGGCUAUGUUCCAGGUUGUCCUGGCCGCGCUCGAAGUCUUGGCCAAUAUCUCUUAUAUUGCCGCCGAAGCCAUCCCGCUGCUUAAAACGAGAUUCAAAUCAGCGGGCGUAGACCGCGUUACCUUGUUCAAGGAAGAUGCUCUUCACGAAGCCGCUGUCUCGGUCACGGCCCCGGUCGACCAGGAACUCUUUGAUGCUGAGGUCCUUCGCCAGCUCGAGCAGUAUGGGACCGAUCCGUUCCUUGUCGAUCGCAUCGUCGAGCAGUCGGACAACUACGUGAGUUUGUUGCCCUUGGCCACUGACAAGAGCGACCACCUUGAACUGGGAGCUUUGUCUCACGAUUGGACAUUUGAUGAUUGCUUUAUCGCUUUGCAAGGAACGACUUGAUUUGAACCUUUUCUGUAUGAAACUGUCCCUAGCCGAGACAAUCAAUUUGGCGACAACGAGUUGGAAAUGUAAACAGGAAGCCCACGCUUACCGUGCUGUGGUUGAUAUGACUCUACAUGUUGCAGUAAUGCUGCACCAAUAAGUCGAACCGUUUCACCGCUAUUGGCCUUCCUUUCCUUCCUGAAAAUGCCCUCUUUUGCUCUCGGUUUACUGAUCAACUCUACGCCUUCACCCCAGGCGUCUCCUCAAUGCGAUAUACAUACUUGACUGCGCUAGCUUUGCCUUCCUUCAACAUAUUCAACCCGGUCCCGACGCCCUCCAGACCGCCAGGGAUCACCUGGUGAGGAUGACCUUGCAACCAGCCCUCUCUGAGACCGAGACUGAACAGCCUCAUCCACACGUAGCCGAGGUCCCGCAGAUCGUCUGGAACGCCAAAUACACUGGUCCCUGUGGUGGCAAUCUGGCGCACUGUCGGGGGAAGACUCUCAUAUACCUUGCCCGGGAAAAUAUGGGUGUAGCUUCCCUCGGGAUCCAGGACCUGGGCGAUAUUCGAGUCGCUUCCAUAGUCACUCACGGCGUCCAGGGCAUAUAGCAGCUUCCCGUCCUUGGGGAUUACUUCCCGGAGCUCCCGGACCAGACUUUCACUGCCCUUACGAUAAUCCACCACCGCGUCGCCUUGGGCUGGAUCCAUAAGGGACCGGACAUAGUCGACACCCUUACCCGCAACGGCAAUGAUAGGGUGAAUGCCGGUGUGCUUGAGUAGUUUGAUCGCAAAGGCGCCGACUGCUGUCGAUCCGCCAUAGACCAGCACGCCGCCCUUGCACGCUUGUCGGCGAUGGAUCGAGGUGUCGACGGAUUGCCAGGGGUCCGGGAGUCCGAGACGGGCAAACAAGGCGAUGGCCGCCGUCGUCGCCGUCACGGGAAUAGUGGCGCCCUCUUCAAACGAGAUCUGAGCAGGCAGAUGGAAGCUCAGUUUCUCCGUGGCGAUAGCAAAUGUCGCAUAAGCGCCGUACGGAGUGUGUGGUUGAUGGAACGAGACGAUCCGGUCGCCGACCUUGAAUUCACCGACUUGCGAUCCCACCGCGGCUACGAUCCCGGCGAUGUCGAGCCCGGUGUUAGUGCCCACGGCGUCUGGGCCGAAGAAGACACAUUUCCAAUCAAUAGGGUUGCUGCCCGCGGCGACAACCUAGAGGCGCGAAUCAGUCAAAACAAAGUCUCGCUGAAUCGGGGUCAUGAGUCGAGACCCGAAAACAGCAACAAUAAAACAUACCUUGACCAAGACCUGAUCCUCGGCUGGUGUAGGUACUGGCACGUCUUGG